AUGGUUUCUAUCGCAAUUCUAGGAUGCGAUAAUAAUGCAUUCUAUUUAGUUUCUCAUCUUUUAUAUCAUAAUUAUAAUCCUCAACAACAUCCUGAUAAUAAUAAUAAGAUCUUGUUAGUUGGUCAUCAAGAUCCUUUUCAUAAUCUUGGUAGUUCAGAGAAAAUUGUAUUUAAAACUUUUGAUGGAUUGGAAAUUGUCAUUCCUAGAGAUCAAGUAAAUUAUACAACUGAUGCGAAGAAAGUUGUUGAUUUCAAUCCUGAUUUUGUGUUAGUAACAUUAAAAGGAACUCGCACCAUUGAAGUAUUGAAAGAUAUUGUGAAUUUGGAUGGUAAAACUGUGAUUGUUUCAAUGCAAGAAGGAAUUCUCAAUUCUGAUAUUAUCAGUGUAAUCCUUCCUAACACAAAAAUAAUUGAAGGCCUUAUACUCCAAAAAAUAUCAUCUUCUCAGAACUGUCAUUUUGUCCAAGGCUCGUCGGAUGGUGUAAUAAUUCUUCAAUCAACUCCUGAUUCUUUAAAACUACAACAAAUCUUUUAUCAAAGUGAAUUACCCGUAAGAUUAUGUUCAAACUUAAAAAAUGUAAUGUACGGUCAACUCAUAUUGAAACUUGGUAAUGCACUUGUAUAUUUAAGUGGAUUAUCGUUUGAUGAAUAUGUUAAGGAUAAGACUUGGAGACGUAUACAUGCGUAUUGUCAAUGGGAAGCUUUCGAG